AUGACCCUGGCCAAACUCCUGCGGAGGUUGCAGGAUCUGGUCGCAAACCUCGUCGCCGCCCUCGAAACCAUGCUGCUCUUCCCCGCCCUCUUCCGCGAUCCCUUCCGGACGCGCCCCGGUCCCUUCCACUCAGCCUACUGGCGUCGUCGCUCCCUCGACAGUCUGGCCGAUGAGGUCGAUCGCCUCUUUACCGCUCCCCUGACCCCGCCCAACAUGUGCGCCAUGUCCGACCAGAUGCGCGCGCAGUUGUCCGCGGCCCUCCAGUCCAGCCAGAUCAACAUGCUGCCCUCCUACACCCGCACCCUGCCCACCGGCGCAGAGACGGGCACUUUCCUGGCCCUCGACGUCGGUGGCUCCACCUUGCGCGUCUCCCUCGUCCACCUCGCCGGCCAGGGCACCAUGGCCAUCCGUCACGUCGCCUCCACCCCCAUCGACGAGGAGGUCAAGCUGCUCGAGGGCACCCGCUUCUUCGACUGGAUGGCCAGCCACAUCGACACCAUGCUGGCCGAGGUCGACGCCGAGGACGGCCGCGGGCCCGUCCCGCUCUCCGUCGGCCUCUCCUGGUCCUUCCCCCUCGAACAGACCUCCCACAACACCGGUCUGCUCAUCCACAUGGGCAAGGGCUUCAUGUGCUCCACCGGUACCGUCGGCCAAGAACUCGGUCAGCUCAUCACCGAGGCCUGCCGCCGCCGCAACCUCUCCGUCGCCGUCGACGCCAUCGUCAACGACGGCUCUGCCACCCUCCUCUCCCGCGCCUACGUCGACCCCACCACCCGCAUGUCCCUCAUCCUCGGCACCGGCACCAACAUGGCCAUCCACUACCCCGUCGACUGCAUCGGCCGCGCCAAGUUCGGCGAUCGGCCCCCCGCCUGGUUCGAGGGCGCCCCGCACGUCAUCGUCAACACCGAGAUGAGCAUGUUCGGCGGCGCCGUUCUGCCCCUGACGCGGUGGGACGAGAUCCUCAAUCGGACACACCUCCGUCCCGACUACCAACCGCUCGAGUACAUGAUCACCGGCCGCUACCUUGGCGAAAUCGUCCGCCUGGUCAUCGUCGAGGCCGUCGAGACCGCCCACCUCUUCCGCGGCGAACUGCCCCACUCCAUGCGCGACGCCUACUCCUUCGACACCAGCCUCCUCGCCGCCAUCGAGGCCGAUCCCUCCCCCCAGCUCACCAUCUCCGCCGCUCUGCUGCAAAAGGAGCACCCCGGUACCCACGCCCCUCGCCCCGAGGACAUGCGCUUCCUGCGCCGCGUCUGCCAGACCGUCUCGCGACGCGCCGCCGGGUACCUGGCCACCGCCAUCCACAGCAUGUGGUCCCUGCACAACGACGCCGACGCCGAAGCCGAAUCCCCCGCGGACACCGUUCCAGGGAAGGCACCGAAGCAGGUCACCGUCAUCGAACGCGAGGGCAAUCCGCGGAGCCUAUCGAUCGCCUGCGACGGCAGCGUCAUCAACAAGUAUCCGGGAUUCCGGGAUCACUGCCAAGCCUAUCUCGACCAACUCACCCACGAGACGGCCGCGUCCCGCGAGUCCCUUGAUCCCUCGCCAUCCCUGAUCCACCUCGAUCCGGCCCCCGAAAGUGCCAUCCUCGGCGCGGCGGUGGCCGUGGCGAUUGCCGUGUCGGAACAACCGUAG